AUGAGCAGCCAAAAUAAUCCCAUGAGCCAAGACCCAUCACUGUCAUCAGAACAGCCAUCAAAGAAGAAAAAGAAUGCACGUAUUACAUUCCGAGACAAUGAAAUUAUUACAACAGAAGAUACCUCACGAAUUCAGAGAGAAGGUACACAACCAAUCUUGAUUCAUUCAAAAGAAGGACUUUCAUCCUUCAUUCCCAGGACUCCACCGAAGAAUUUAAUGGCCAACAAUUCUCUUCGUACGAAAUAUUUUGAAGACGAAGAGGAAGGCUCCGACGUAGAAGAGGAUGAAUCAGAAGAAGUGAAUGACGCACGUGCAUCAUCAACCAUAACCAUCCGAACUACAUCCGUAGGCUUGAUGGAUUUAGAUGAAGAAAAUACUGAUGCCACUCCUUCCCCAAAGCGCGCUGCCAAAUUGAAAAGUUCAAAAACAUUUGUGCCCAAAUCAUCCUCUCAAGAAAACAGCUCACCCAUUCCUCGUUCUGUCACAAGAUCCAAUUUUACACGAAAACCCAUGCGGCCCUCCUCUUCUUUUUAUGGUGAGAUAUUGACUACUCCUAAUAAUUCAUCAAAAAAGCACAAGACCAUGGAAAUGAAAAGAAGAAAUUCAAUUCGAAGAAUGAAGUCUGUAUUUGAUUUUGGACGAGAAGAGUCACACCACAAUUUUCCAUUUUACGAUCAUGAGCGAGGUGCAUUCAUUGGAACCGAUGAAGAUGAGAUAGAAAUUGCGCAAGCAAGCUCAGUUGAUGAUGAUACUGAGAUUAGUGAAUCUGAUAAGCGAAAAUUUGCAUACAGAACUAAAAUGGCACUUAAAAAACUUUAUGAACAAUUCAAGUCGAUCAUCCUUUUCAUUUCUAGAUUUGUUUAUAUUAUCACUGUUGGAUUUGUAUUAUUUGUGUUGUUCAACAUUUUCUCGGUUUUGAGUUGGAUUUCAAUUUUUGGAGUAGAUCAUGGAAAGGCAUUAUUUCGACUUUCUUUCUUUGUGUUAAACCCUUUUAAGAAGAAAUUAGUUUUUCCCGACAUUUCAAAAGAAAAAACAACAGAAGAGAGCAGUUUGCUCAUUGAUAGCACCAGUAAUCAUGCGAGAGUUGAGCCAAAAUCUGCAAAAGCAGUUCAUGUCAUUUGGUUUAUUCUGUUCGGGCUUCCUCUUACAUUCAUCCAAGGAUCUAUUGCAGUAUUAUUUUGGUUUUCUGUAGUUGCUGCACCUAUUUCAAAACUAAUUUUCGAUAUCAACAAACACAUGUUCUUUCUGAGAUUUAGACAUGGAAACGUAGCUCAACUUGAGAAGAUUGACAACUCCAUCAAUGGUGAAUCAACUAUGGAGAGUGAUGACUCUUCACAAGACGACUCUUCCAUAAGGAUGACAUCACCCUUGUCGUUUUCAACUUUCAAAUGGAAACUUUUCUCUAUCAAUGUUCCUCUUCUUAAUUUGUUAGUGACAAUACCUGUCACAUUAGGGCUACAUUAUGGAUUAGAAGAAGAGCUUACAUCCAAGUACAGCAUGGUCAUAUUUGUACUUUCAAUUGUGAGCGCCAUGCCUUUAGCCAUAAUCAUUGGACACUGUGUUGAGUCUAUUGUUGCUCAAACCAGUUUUAUAUUUGGAUCUAUGAUUAACGCAACAUUUGGUACAAUUAUUGAAUUGAUAUUGUAUUUCUUAGCUUUGUACAAGGAGUUACAAGGUGUGGUGAUGCAAUCCAUUACUGGAGCCAUUUUAGCUGCAAUUUUGUUAACACCUGGUGUCUCCAUGAUAUUUGGAGGUAUACGGUACAGAGAACAAUACUUUAACAGAUAUGCAGCAGGUGUAUCCUCUAUUUUACUGUUUAUUGCUGUGGUUGGCGCUUUCUUACCAUGUGUAUAUUUUCUCCUGUUUGGUGCUCAGGAAUUGAAGUGUGGGCAAUGCUUGAGUGGUCUCCCCUAUAAUCGUACCAUUGAGGAGCCAGACUUGACAAUGAACUCAGUGAACAGCAUAUAUCAGAAGACUCACGAUUCCGCUUGGAAUUGGAUUGAGAAAGCUCAACAAACGGUUAAAAAACUUUAUGGAAAAAAGUACAAGAAACAUGUCAACACAUUGCAUGGAAAGAAACUAUCAGAGGUAACAAAAAAACAAUCCAUUAACACAAUUUAUGGUCGAGAUAUAGAAAUUGUUCCAUACCAUAUUGACAGUGAAGAUAUAACGAAGGGAACAAAUCAACUCUCAUUCCACACCUUCAUUGAAAUUCCAAACAUAGUUCAAGAAUCAAAUUUUACACCCAUUUCUAACAACUCGAAUAGUACUUAUAGUAUUAGAUGUGUUGGGUGCGACCUUUCUUUAGAAGAUUUUAUUCAUGAUCCGUUAUAUCAAAAUAAGGUGCGACCUUUAGCCUUUACUACAGCCAUAAUUCUUCCAUUUGCUUACAUUUUUGGUUUAAUCUACAGUCUAAGAACACAUAGAUUUUUAAUGCAAAAACCCCCAAAGAAAGCCUAUUCUGGAGAGCCAUCUACCGCUAACGAGGCAAGUACAUCUGAAAAGAAUCAUGAUACAGAAAAACACAAAGAUGAUAACAGUGAAGAAGAAGAAGUGCCCGUUAAAACAAAAGAAUCAAAUGAAGGAGAUAGUCACCAAGAAACUGAAGAGGGUAUUUGGCCUAUCUGGAUAGCGAUACUUGUGUUAAUCGUUUGCACAGCUGCAUAUAGCUUUGUUGCUGAAGUUAUGACCGCGUCUCUAGAACCUGCAUUCGACAGCAUUGGCGUAAAUUCGCAAUUUGCUGGAUUGACAUUUGUUGCAAUUUUGCCCUCACUUGGUGAAUUUCUGAACGCUAUUCAAUUUGCUUUAAACGACAAUGUGACGUUGGCUCUUGAAAUUGGUAACGUGGCAGCUAUUCAAAUUUCUCUCCUACAAAUUCCAAUAUUGGUAUUAGGAUCCUUCUUUUUCUUUGGUGGCAACCAGAAAAUGGUGUUUUCAUUGGAAUUUCCUCAAUUCAAUUUAUUUGCCAUCUUUUUUGCAGUUUUUGUAUUGAACAUUAUUUCUAGAGAUGGUCGUUCGAACUACUUCCACGGGUUGUCAUUGGUGUUUGUUUACGUUUUUAUUGUAGUUGGCUUUUUCUUUAUUUACUUUUGA